CUUUCUAGUCUUUCUCUCUCAGAGCUCCUAUUAAUGCUAUUUGACUUUCUGGCCUGAACACACCACUGUCGUGGCCAUGGAGACCGCUCCGCUCACCUUGGCUCAUACCCAUGCGCGCAACGCAGUCCUCGAGACACGCAAAGCAAACCCCGUAGCAGCGAGCGAGGAGCAUGACCUCGCGGCUGGCGAGUUUUCCACUGCUGCUCACUCCAGCUCUGACCGCGAGGCUCUGAGGACUCUUCAACUACUAGAAGGCCACCAUAAGAAAAUUGCAGAGAUUCUUCGUUUUCAGCAUGAAAAUCCCCCGAGUGCUGCAGCGGCAGAGACUGCUUCGCCCGCCACUACACCGGGGUUGAAUGCCCAACAGCCGGUUGCUCAGCAGCCCCCAAGGCUUUCCGGGAAUAAACGGCUGUCGACAAGAGAGACGUCAUCUUCGAUCGCGAGUAACCUGGCCUCCGCACGGGGCAUUCCGUCGCAUCCUCGGCGGGCCUCCCCUGCAUCACCUACGCUUUCCUCGCAGCAAGCCGGGGCCAAGAUGACGGACAGCCCACCCAGGGCCAGGACAGGUGAAUCGAGACUACGAGGCGCGCAAUAUUAUUCAAGUAAUGAUCGCGCAGGUCGUGUGUCAGCACCCCAACAACCAUGGUCCCCGCCAAACAUCAGCCCUACGGAUAUCACAUCCCAGCAGGUUGUUCCAGCAGAUGCAAUCGUCUCCCCUAGACAAAAAGGUAUUACGGAAGAGCCUUUUCAGCGUUUCUAUUCUACUUUUGAAGGCCUGAUCUCCAAGAUAUCUGCGCCCCUGGCAUUCGCAGGUCUCCCGCUAGGAACAGAUGCAAGCCAGGCAGAAACUACGAAACGCAAAUCCUCCGCGGAGACGAGAUUGGAUCGUCAUCAGGUCAUUUCUGACCGCCCCAACACAUCUGCAGAGCCAGAUGUCAGCAAGAUAUUCUCCAAGGCCGCCUUGCGAGCUGUCCGCGAUGGAACGAAUGCAAGCCCGAACACUACCGCAGAGUCUUUCUACGUCGUCCCCACGACUGGCGGUACUGUCUCGUACGCUGGAAUACUAAGCAGAGCCGAAAAGGAAGCGCGAAGAAACAGCUUUGAAGAAGCUGACGAAGACUUUGUCGACGCUCGCGAAACCCCGUCCCCUGAAAUGCGCUAUAGCAUGACAGGCGCCAAGUCCAGGGUAGCCCGCGGCACCGAGAAGCUGACAACCCUACAAAAUCCCAAAACGCUGGAAGAGUUGCAGAUGGAGAACCAAGCCCUGAAGCACUUAUCAGAUACGCUCUCGAAACGUCUACACAUGUGGGAAGUCAACGCGCAGUCUUCGUCAAUGGCUCUGCAACAAUCUAUACGAGCAAUGCACCACCUUCCCUCCCCAGAAUACCACCCCCUACCGGCACCUCCCGGAGGAUCAGCUGCUACAUCACCCAUCGCACCACUCUCCGCCGGUCCAUCUAUGACAGACCAUGAACAACGCAUCAAGGAACUCGAAGAAAUAGUUCGGACCAGCGAAAAGGACCUCAGUCAGGCAGGUCGUGAGAACGAGAAACUGCGAAACGUGCUUGGUCGAUAUAGAGAACGGUGGGAGAAGUUGAAAGAGGGUGCAAAGACUAGACGUGAGACUCAGGUUCAGGCUGCGCAGCAAAGUAGAAAUGAGAGUGCUGCGGCGACAUCUACUGCCUCUACUCCUACUCCUUUCGCUGCUCCUAACGAUAACGACAAAACGACAGAUAUCGGGGCGCAAGAGGACCACGAGACUUCCUUGAAACCAGAGGGCGAGGAUGGAGACAACACCCCGGAGCAGGAGCAGGAGCAAGAUCAGGGAUCCAAGGACGUCUCUGAAGAUCAGCUGGUAUCAUAAUCAUACUGGACGGCCUGGUUUUACAUGUCACAAGCAACGGUACGGUGCUCAAAAAUGGAUCAAGGAAUAGGGUUUUGUUAAGUGAUUAUAUGUUGCAUGUAAAGUGUCCUAUUACCAUGCUAUUUGCAAUUAAUAAUAUGGUUCAUUUCAUGGCUAUAUGCAU